AUGGCUCGCCGCAAGAAGCGCAAAGCCGGAGUCUCCCUGGCGGAAGCCAAGAAGAGGUUCAAGAACAUGAUGGGCGCAAUGGUGACAGGAAACGGUUCGGGCAAGUCGGGCAAGUCGGGCAAGUCGGGCAAGUCGGGCAAGUCGGGCAAGUCGGGCAAGUCGGGCAAGUCGGGCAAGUCGGGCCAGACUGGGCAAAAUUCGAAGAAUGGCGGAUGUGAUGAUGGCGCCACGACAAUGGGCUUGGCUACUGAAUUGGGCAUGCCAUCGCGACAGAUGGCUUUGACGGAUGAGGCGAGCAUGCUGGCGGCGUCGGUCCGGCUAACGCCUGACUUUCCCUACAAGUCGGCCAAGUCGGUGCUGGUGGUUGGCGAUGGCAAUCUUUCCUUUGCUCGUGGACUGGCUCUGGCCAUGGCUCGGCUUCCUGGCGAGCGAAAGCUGGUAGCGACGACAUAUGAUGCCCGCGGCGUGCUCUUUAGCAAGUACGUGGGCAUGGAUGCCAUCGUCAAGAGCCUGACCUCCGAGGCCAUGGCUCCAUGGGUUUCGCUGGCGCACGGCGUUGACGCGCGGUCGCUGCAUGGAGACAACGCGCAUCCGGUUGUGACUGCCAACGCACCCUAUGAUGCCGUUUUCUUCACCUCGGCCCAGGCCGUCCUCACCCCUGAUGGCGUGGUUGAGGUGGCACUCCGCGACACGACGUUUUACAACUCGUGGGACAUCGAUGGCGCCGCCGUCGACGCAGGCAUGGUCGCCGUCAAGACCUAUCCCUUUGAUGCUGCCCACUUUCCCGGUUACCGCAAUGAGCGGACGGCCUCGGGCGGCCGCGCUCGCGUUGCGCCUGAGCUCUCCUCGGCCGUCGUGCAUGUCUAUCGCGUCUCGCGCCGCAAGGCCAAGCGCAAGGCCGCCGCCGCACGCGCCGCCGCCUACAUCAAGGCCCACGCCCCCGCCGCUGCGCCUGCCACACCGUCCACCGCCGCCAGCGACGACGACGACGACGCCGCCCAGCCCCAUGACGACGAAGCGGCUACCGCCGCCGGGAUCGCCGCCGCCAACGCCGCCAAGGCUGCCGAACUUGCCGACGCCAAUGGCGACGUGCUCAUGGGCUUGGGCCUCGGCCGAUCUGGCGUGUCCAGCGCCCCGCGUGGCGGCCGGCGCGGCGGCAAGCACGGUGGUCGCGGCCGCGGCAACGGCCGCAAGGGCAAUCUCUCCACCUCGGUCCGGACUCAGACGCGCCUCCGCGCUGCCUCCAACCUUGUUCUCCCGCCGCUGCUUGACCACGCUCGACUGACGGGCACGAUCGAGGAGCUGGCCUCGCCGAGCACCUCGUCGUCGCCCUCGUCGUCGCCAUCGAUCUCCCCGUCUUUGUCGCUGACCACACACGAUGUCCUCGCCCACGCCGCCCGCCUCGCCACCGCCUCGAUCACCGAGUCUGGAUCAGAGGUCACGACGUCCGGCGAGCCCGUUGCAGUCCUUGCACGGCCUGGUCAUGGCUUUGUGGCCGGAGUGCUCGCCGGAUGGAUGGCCGCGCGGCCAGUCCUCCCUCUCUGCGUGGCCCAUCCGCCGGGCGAGCUGUCGUACGCCCUGCACGACGCAGCUCCGAGCACAGUGCUUGUGCAAGCUGGCAUGGAAGAGAGGCUGGCAGGUGAGGGCGUGGUGCCCGAGGAGACCGAGGUCGUCGUCAUGGACCCGCUUCCUCCCGCCGCUGCUCCGGCCGACCGCGACCUGGUCGACCAGCUGGAGCUCGCGCCGCAGGACGUCCGGGCGGCCGGUGCGUUCAUUGUGUAUACGUCUGGCACCACGGGCCGCCCCAAAGGCGUGGUUGUCUCGCAUCAUGCGCUGGUGGCUCAGGUCAACAUGCUCCGCGCAGCAUGGGCGUGGUCGUCGGCAGACGCGCUGCUCAACGUUCUCCCGCUCCAUCACGUCCACGGGCUGAUCAACGUCACCUGUUGCGCCCUGGCAGCCGAUGCCGCGCUCAAGCUUGACCCGGCUGGCUUUGAUGCUGCUCGGCUGGUGGAUGCUAUUGUGCAAGGUGAGGUCAAUGUGCUCAUGGCGGUGCCAACGGUCUACGCCCGGCUCAUCGAGCACGUGCAGGCGCUGCCGGCGGCGGAUCAGGCCGCGUUUCGCGCCGCGAGCGAGGCCAUGCGGCUGCAAGUCUGCGGAUCGGCGGCACUGCCCGAGCCCGUUCUCCGGGCUUGGGAGGGCGUUUCGGGCCACGUCCUGCUGGAGCGGUACGGGAUGACCGAGCUUGGCAUGGCGCUGUCGAACCCGUAUACGCCCGAGAGCGCGCGGCGGCCUGGAUGGGUGGGGAGCCCGCUGCCGGGCGUCACGGCGGCGCUGCGGGAUCUGGAGACCAAGGACAUGCUUGAUGCUGCUCACGAGGGUCCCGGCGAGCUCCUCAUCAAGUCGCCCGGCAUGUUCUCCGAGUACCUCAACAAGCCCGAGGCAACAGCGGCCGAGUUUACUUGCGACGGCUGGUUCACCACCGGCGACGCGGCCGCACGCGACCUUGCCACAGGUGAAUACCGCAUUCUCGGCCGUCUUUCGGCCGACAUCCUCAAGGUCUCUGGCUACAAGAUUUCCGCGCUGGAGAUCGAGCGCGCGCUGUUGGCGCUGCCGACCGUCCGCGACGUUGCGGUCGUCGGCGUCCCGCACGAGACCAAGGGUGAGUCGGUGGUCGCGGUCGUCGAGCUGGCGCGCACGUGGCACGACGGCGAUGAUGCGCUGCUCGCGCACCUUUGCGAUGGAGCUGCUAGUGAGCUCGCCAGCUACAAGAUGCCAUCACGGGUGGUGGUGGUGGACAGUCUCCCGCGCAACACCCAGGGCAAGGUCAUGAAGCGCGAGCUGGUGGCGCAGCUGACAUAGUCUGGCUUGAUCGGCAGCAAUAAACACGAUGCAUCCAGCAC